AUGGGAUAUAAGAUAUAUUCUAACUCUGACUUAGUUCAAACAGUAACAUGGGCAAACUAUGAAUGGUUCGCUUUGAAAAACUCAGUACAACCACAAGCUAGAGAACAAACAGACCAGUAUGCAAAUAUUGAGAAAAUAAGAAGACUUGACCCUAACGUUCCAGGAGUUUAUGUUAACCUUUCUGGUUCAGAUGGAACUGCUGCCACUAAAGUAAAACUGAAACUUAGAGUUCCUUUGUCAUCUUUCCUCAUCUUCAGGUUUUUAAGAUACUUGCCAAACUGGGCAGGAAAAAUUUCUAUUGAACUUACUCCAAGCAAAAAUAACUUAGUCAUUGCACCAACACAAGACCCAUUCAGCAUUACUGUAGCUGGAACUGGUGGAGCCAAGUUCUGUGACUUUUGCAAAGACAAAGUUGACUUAGACUUUGGUUUCUCAAACUUCAACAAUGAAGUAAACUAUUAUUUCAAUGCUGCUGGAACUGCUUGGGACCCAGUUAAGUUCACAUGCGAAAAAUUUGAAUGCAAGAGAAUAGAAAGCAGACUUGCAGUCUAUAUGUUGGACCCAGAUAUUUCAAAUGCUUUAGCUGCCAAAUAUAUUGCAGUUCCACUUAUGUUCCCUAUACACCAAAUAUCUGUCAAAGACUUUGCAGGUGAAGUUGGAAACCAAAGUGCUGACCCAGGUGCAAGAACAGAUAUUGCUUUAACAACUGCAAUGAAACAUGCAGAUACUAUGUUUGUACUGUUCAGACGAACUAUAAAUGACUAUUCUUGUUUCUACAACCCCGGUAUUAAAUAUCAUAUAAACAUAGAUGGCAAAUAUUAUCCAAGAGAAGAAUAUU